CUUCCUUAUUGCUUGCUGCUAGCUGUAAAGAAAUCUAAAUUUUCUACAUAUGCACUGAUUACCUUAGGCUGAGACGAUAGGUUUUCGCUUAUCGAUGCUGAAGCAGUUAGAGCGACAUCUCACCGUGCAGCACAGCGUGAAGAUGACUCUAAACCGCGACACUAAGCGCGUUAUUCAGAUGCUGGCCCCUGGGAUGCCGGCCCCCGUCCUGGACUAUGUGUUUGCCGGCAUGUCCAAGGCGAACGCUAACCGAACUGCCCAUCCUUCAAGUGGGCCGCCUCCACCUCGAUACGCGCUUCGCCAGUGCGACGCUGGGCCACGCGGUGAACUGUCGCUUCUAGAAGUGGCGACAGUAGCAAGUAACACAACUGCAAUUGAAAGGUUUGGGAACCCGGAGGUUCUCCAAUUCCACUACGUCCCUCGCCCCUGAACUCAUCACAAAACGCAACAACGGUGGCGGUGACUGGAGAACAUUGGAAGCAAGGGUCUGAGAAUGGAGUGUGGAGUGUAAAGAUGACGCGCGUCUUGUGGGUGGGUGUUAGCAUUGCGCUCGCUGUGAGUGUCAUGUGGCGGCAUCAGCCCUUCCGAGGGAACGAUAGAGCGCUGUGCAAAACUUCAAUUGACCUGCAGUAGUUGCAUCACUGUGAACAAGUACUACAUUAGUUGAAGCAGGCGCUGAAACAAGCCCAUGCGUGUUGCUGUGUAUUCUUUCUCUUAGGACAUCUGCACUUCUCCCUGACUCGAGGGGGCUUGCUAAUAGCCGUACUCCCGCAGCAGUAUUCGCUGCGGGCUGUGUUGUGGUGCUUCUUAGGUUUUACGCCCCAUGUAGAUGAACUGCCCGCCUGCCAUGUAUCAUAGCUGUACGGCGUCGGCAACUAGUGGCUUUGAUUUAAUUCCCUUCGGGUUCUUGCAUGUCUUCAUCAUUGGUGCGUUACUGCUUCUGCGAGAAGUUGAGCGGUUGAGGGUUUGCAAUGGUGUGUGGCGAAUUCGUCUUGCCAACCUUUGCGGAACGCCGAACUCUUGCGGAACGCUGCAAGCAUGGCGGGUGUGUUUGUGUGCGGCGCAUGAGUAACCAGAUGCGCGCUGCUGCUGGUCUGCCUCGAAGUGGCUGUCCGGCUAGGCCGUGGUGCUUGCCUGCUUUAACCCCGGGCCAAAUCGAAUGGUAUUUGGUAUGGAUGCCCCUGUAAAGGGCGUACGCGGUUCCCGUUCGUUGCAUACCAAGUUGAUACCGUAGACGAACGUGCUAAUGCUGCUGAGUUGGUUAGGACGGUUGCUCCAUGCUGGCAGUGUUACGUACCGGUAUUUUUGUUCCGGUGUCUUGUUACCGUACUCGCCGCAUGGGAUGUGGGGCUUGCUGGAAACCUACCGCAGGAUCACCUCGUUGAUUUUGCAACUACAGUGCCCGUGUACGGUGUUUGGAGCUUCCUGGUCUGUGCUUUGCUGUUGUGCUUUGGCUUUAGACGUCUCUUUGCCUGGAGGAGCACCUUGUGUAAAGCUCCUGUUACCAGUCACGACUUCAACUGUUGUAUAACGGGCAAGCAGCAGGAGUCUUAGUGUAUUAAGAAAACUUGUCUCAGUGUAUAUACGCUGCAAAGCAGGUUGGGAAGCUUGUCGGCGCGACGACGUAUUAUGUGCAGGUGCGGUGACGUGAUGCUACCGUGUUACGUGUGUUUCAAGCGUGCAAGCGACUGGGAAACGACCCAUGGGACAUGCAAACAGCCCCACCACCCGGUGUAACUGGAACUUUGUGCUUGAAGUAUUCAGCCUGCGCAGAAGAGAACCUACAAGCAUGUCUUAUGUAACAUGCUCUUACUGUGUCUUUGUG